GGCAGCACUGAUUGUAUCGGUAAUUUUAAAUUUGUAAUUAUUGUAUUUAUUUUAACUUGUAAGUUUUAACUGAAAAAUUAUAAUAUUAAAUAAUAUUAUAGAGGAUUAUACUACUAUACAAAUAACAAAGGUGCUCUGUCUGUGAGUGGAAUAAUAUUCUUUGAAGCCUGGGCCCUGCGGUCAUCAGAAUAACACAUUAAUUAAAAUAUCAAAAACAAAGAAAUGGAUAUUAAAAAGUCUACUAAUGGCAAGAGUCGUUUUCGAAAUCUUUCUUUGAAAAAGAAUAAGCAAAAUAUUAUGGCACAGAAUGUGAAUCGAGUUUCAGAUGUGAUUAUCAUCGACGAAUCCUUUGAACAUUUACGGCCUGACCUUACGAAAAAUACUCAGCAGUCACCUAAUAAUAUAAUAUAUUCCCCAAUUACCAUAAAUGAUUCUGAUGAGUGCCUCCCACAAGUUGUCCUGGAGAAAGAGCCCAGUCGAAAUGGAAAUGUACCUAAGAACCCAGAUUGUGUAUCACCAAUUAAUGAUAAUGAAUCAAAACCCAGUAAUAAGGGUUGGUCACCAGCUCAAAGUAUAAUAUGUGCAAAACCACAAAAUGAACCUGCACCAUCUACACCUAGACACAUAGCAAAUGAGUCACAAGAGCACUGCUCCAUGGAGAAAAUCCAAUCAUCACAUCAGAAACUAUUAAAUGAUUUAUAUGGUGAAGUAUGGAAAUCAAUACCCACAUUAUUUAAAAAGAGAUCUCAAAAGCACAAUGAUUUAAAUGGAGUGACAAAGAAAUUAAACUUUGAUGAUUCAGAUAGUGACAAGGAAAACAUAAGGGACAUUCUUAAGUACAACAGGGAGUUGUAUUUGACGGAUUCAGAUAGAAAAUAUAUAAAAAAUGACAACAUUGACUUGGAUAGAAAAUCUAAAAAGAAACUGUAUACAGAAAAAGUACCAUGUACACCUGAGUUACCAAAAAUACAGAUGAAGGAUAACAGAAAUGUUAAAAGUACAACAAAGAAGAAAAAAGGUUUGACUGUGACGGAAUUGGUACAGUUAAUGAACACCGAAGACAAAGAUGUAGCUAAUAUUACUAGGAAAGUAAGUAAAGUUACAGUCACUGCAACAAAUGAUGUCAACAGGUUAAGCUUUCUAGGCUCUCUCACAGACAAUGUACCACACUGGAGAUGUCACCCGGAAGCAUUGCAGUAUCAUGAUAAUUAUAAAACUCUUAAGGAAAAAUUAUGUCGCAGAUUGUUCACAGAGUUUAAUAAGGCAGUCUUUGAUAAUGCUUUUGAUGCCGACCUGCCAAUACUGUGGGACACCAAACUGAGGAGUACAGCUGGAACAACGACAAAUCGUCUUAUAAAAAAUUCUUCGGGCGAGCGCAUCCGCGUCUCCAGCAUCAAGCUGUCUAGUAAGGUAGUGGACAACGCGGAACGACUGCGGGACACACUUAUCCACGAGUUGUGCCACGCCGCCACCUGGCUGCUGGAUGGAGAGAUCCGCGCCGGUCACGGCCCUUUGUGGAGGAAGUGGGCUAGUAAGGCGGUGAAGUUAAUCCCGGAGCUGGGCCAGAUCUCAGUGUGCCAUGACCUCGCCAUCCACUACAAGUACACCUACCAGUGCCAGCGCUGCGGAUACAGCAUAAAGCGGCACUCCAAGUCGAUAGAUGUGACGAAGAAAUGUUGUGGCUACUGUCGGGGCACCUUCGAGGUGAACAUCAACCGGAAGACCAAGGACGGUGGCGUGGUGAGCACGCCCGCACGACGUGCGCCCACCAGUCAGUUCGCGCUCUUCGUGAAGCAGCACUACGCCGGACUGAAGGAAGGCCGCUCACACGCCGAGGUCAUGAAGAUGCUCGGAGAGAUGUUCUCUGCCAGGAAACACUCCAGUGAUGAGAACGAGGACAGUGACAACAUAGGUGAUAUACGCGGCUGACACUAACAUAUAUUAUAUAAUAAUAAUUAAAUGAAUAGCGACUACUGUGUUAGAUAUAUGUAUAUGUUGGCAGUAGCAGACAGCAUCACCAGUCCACCGUGUGAGCUCCGCAUGAGGUGCAAACAUUUUUGGUAAAUGUUUAUUAAAAAAGUUUUUGACACACAUUAUGACUACAUUGUUUAUUGACUAGGAUGUAUACCAAAUUAUUGAAUUAUGUUACUUUUACAAAUGAUAAAAUCCGGCUGGUUUAAAUGUUUCACGUUCACGUUUUGGAAGUGAAUAUAUUAUUCAAGAUUUUAGACUGAUUGUCUUUUUUAUAAUUGACUGUACCUUCUGGUAUAUUCUCAAUGGUGUCUGCCUAACAUUAAUAGACUGCAACCAAAGAAGAAAGUAUUUCUCAAGAAAAUGAACGAGAUAAUAACCAGAUUAUAAUUUAUUAGACUCUACCCUGACCGGGAAGACUGCAACCCAUGUAUUAAUCUCGUAAUCUUUUUGAUAUGUAACUACAUAUAUUGGCCAUAGACACGAUUCUACAUGCUAUCCUUGGCGACAACAUUGUAAUUUAUUACAAUUAUAAUAAAUAUUAAAUACCCAGUUUGUUGAUAUGAAUGUUUUGUGUCAAUAUAUACUAUUCAGGGUAGUAGCUAAUAUUUUUGCUUGUUAUUAUUUUUAUUAUUGUACAAUUUAAUAAUAAAAUGUACAGAGGUUUUAGAGAAUUGUACAUAUACAAAAAAAAAUUGUUACCAAAAUUUAUGAUUGUAAAUUUUGGUAUUUCGUGUUCAACUUAGCUCAGUGGUAAGAGCGUUCGGACUGAACGGGUCAGGUCGCGGGUUCGAGUGCCGCAUCGUUCAUAAGUUUUGGUUACAAAUUUAAUUUGUAUGAAAUUUAAUUGAUCCCAGAAGUGAGGGUUAUCACUUUAAAAUAACAAAUUGUUUAGAAUUGUACAUAUAUUUAGUUAAUAUUAUUAUAUUUGAUGGACUUUUUAAAAGUUAUAAAA